AUGUUCAAGUUUGCUACUACACGGUUGCACAGUUCCUACACCCUGUUCAAACUGCUUUUGUCCAUCAAGGCUACGCCGGCCCAGGCUGAUCAAGCUUCCACAGCCGCCAAAGACAAACCCUCUACAGCAACGGCAACUGAUGACGACUCCUCCAAGGAGGAGGACAACGAACCCCAGGAGGGAGCGGGUUCUCAAUCAUCCGGAGCAUUUAAGAAGGUGACAAAGAAGAAGGUGAAGAAGAAGAAGAAGUCGCCCCUGUCCCAUAUCCUAGAGAAUCAUUUUCUCAAAGAUCUGUCCCCGGCACAACGCAAACUGGCUGAAGCCACGGACCGCAAACUGCAGAACGAUAUUGAUUGCCAUAAAGCAGGUCCACUCUUCUUGAUGAUCCUUCCAGGAGAAAUGGAAGGCUCUUACAUCUUUGUAUGUCACAAGAAAUACGGUCAGUUGGCUCGAAACGUGUUGAAAGGGAUAGUUCCGUUCUUGAUUCAUCACCUGUGCAAACUUACCGAUACGCAAGCUGAUCGAGUCUUGGGUAAAUGGAUUACCAAAUCAGAAAUCCAGGCGACGCGUUUCAAGACUAAAGCGUAUGCUGCUAUUGAUAGCACCGAUACUACUGCUAGAGACAAGUUCAAGGAUGAUAUCUUUGAAGCAGUUCUUGCAACAGGAUUCCUGUGCAACUGUGAUCGAACGAGAACAGCUCCUCUGAUGCUGGAUCUUCGGACGAACUACUGCAGGGAAGUGGAUUAUUAUCCAAAGACGGUCAGCAAAGCACAAGAUAUGUUAAAGAUCCACAUGGAUGUGAUCAAGAAUCUGGGAGUGAACCUAUACCAAGGAAAAGACCAGCCAAAUAAAGGUGAAGGUAAAGGAAAGGGUAAACCGAAGGACGAUAAGAAAAAGGCGGCAUGUUAUGUAUGUGGCAAAGAGGACCAUAUGUCUCCAAAAUGCCCAGACAGAUUGCUACCAGAGAGUCAAUGGAAGCAUCCAAAACACUAUGUUGAUUACGGGAAGAAGCUCAAUCUUAAUCAGAUUGGAGCAACUGUCCCAACUACAGCUACAGUUCCUGGACCUUCUCCAGCGACAAGUGUGAUCACGGGUGGAAUAUUGAGUGUUGCGGGAAGUGUUAACACACCUUUGCGACUUGCUGGUACUCCAGGUACUCAAAUGAUCCAAGUUCCUACAGGUAUUCAAAUGAUGCAAGUUCCUUCGGGAAUGCAGCUCAUGCAGAUUCCAACUCAAGGUGGCGGCACUGUUACUGUCCCUUAUUCAAUGAAUGCUAACGGUGAGAUUGCGUUCAGUGGAAUGCAACUCAGC